GUCAGCCAGCAAAGCCAGAAGAGAAGGUCCACUGAUGACAGAGAUGGAGCUGCUGUCCGAUUGCCCGGUGCACACCUCCGUGCCGGACAAGUACGUGUUGCCCCCGGAGAAGCGCCCUUCGCUCCUCGACGACGAACCCAGCUCCGAUGUUGCCAUACCGGUCAUCGACCUCCACGGCGCCGCCGUCUCCGACGACUGCCGGCGCCAGCUGGUCGCCGCCAAGAUCAUCAAGGCCAGCAAGGAGUUCGGCAUCUUCCAGGUGGUGAACCACGGCGUGGCGGAGGUCGUGGUGCAGGGGUUCCGCGAGGCGGCGGCGGGGUUCUUCGCGAUGCCGGCGGAGGAGAAGCUGCCGUACCUCUCCGAUGACCAGAGCAAGCACUUCCGCGUCUCCUCCAGCACCCCCUAUGACCGGAACGGGGACCGCUAUUGGCUGGACUACCUCAAGAUCAACUGCCACCCCGUCACCGACGAGCACGUCCGAGAGUGGCCGAACAAGCCGGAAAGCUUCAGGAGCUCCCUCGCCGAGUACUCCGCGACGGUGCACGAGCUUGCACAGACGCUGCUCCGGCUCAUCGCAGAGGGGCUCGGCCUCGACGAUGGAUUCUUCGCCGGCGACCUCAGCGGCGGCAGCACCCAGAUGAACGUCAACUACUACCCGUCGUGCCCGGACCCGAGCCUCACGCUGGGCCUCCUCCCGCACUGCGACCGCCACCUCCUCACCGUGCUCUCCCAGGGCGACGUCGCCGGGCUGCAGGCGAGGCACGGCGGGCGGUGGCUCCUCGUCCGUCCCGUCCCUGGCGCCUUCGUCGUCAACCUGGGCCACCAGAUGGAGAUCAUCACCAACGGGCUCCUGGCCAGCGUGGAGCACCGCGCCGUCACGAACACCGACGCGGCGAGGCUGUCGGUGGUGACCCUCAUCAUGCCCAAGAUGGAGUGCCGCAUCGGGCCGGCGCCGGAGAUGGUGAACGAGGCGACGGGACCCGCGAAGUUCAGGGAGUUCGAGUUCAGCGAGUUCAUGAAGGCCUACAGCGCCGCCGCCGCCAGCAGGGAGGACGUGCUCUACUACUUCAGGAUCCACCAGUAGCUCGGGGUCAGCCGCUCCAUAAAUAAAUAAGGAAACAGAGAAGAACGAGGACCCGUCGCGCAUGCGUGCGUGGCCUUCGUGCGCCGCCAAGACCACUGGGAUUUCCUUUUUGGGAGUUCCUUCUCUCUCACCUCUCUCAAUGCAUCCCCACGCACGCACGUCCUCCUCUUCGUUCGCGCGCCUCGAUCAAUCUCAACCCCAAUUAAUUUCGCCCUC